CCCGCCCCCCACGCUGGGGUCCCCUCCGCCUUGUCUUUGCCCUCGCCAAGUCGCCACCUCGGGAGUGAGCCAUGGUUGCGGCAGUGGCGACGGCGUGGCUGCUCCUGUGGGUCGCGGCCUGCGUGCAAUCCGAGCAGGACUUCUACAACUUCAAGGCUGUCAACAUCCGGGGCAAACUGGUGUCGCUGGAGAAGUACCGCGGCUCGGUUUCCCUGGUGGUGAACGUAGCUAGUGAAUGUGGCUUCACGGACCAGAACUACCGAGCCUUGCAGCAGCUGCAGCGGGACCUGGGCCCCCACCAUUUUAAUGUGCUUGCCUUCCCUUGCAACCAGUUUGGCCAACAGGAACCAGACACCAACAGGGAGAUUGAGAACUUUGCCCGCCGCACCUACAGUGUCUCUUUUCCCAUGUUUAGCAAGAUCGCAGUCACUGGCACUGGUGCCCAUCCUGCCUUCAAAUACCUAACCCAGAUGUCUGGGAAGGAGCCCACCUGGAACUUCUGGAAGUACCUAGUGGACCCAGAUGGGAAGGUGGUGGAGGCAUGGGAUCCCACUGUGCCAAUGGAGGACAUCAAGCCCCGUAUUACAGAGCAGGUGAUGAAGCUCAUUCUUCGGAAACGAGAAGACUUGUGACCGGGUCCCCCUGAAACCCCAUCCCUCAGCAAACCCAAGUGGUGCUUCACUGGCAGAGAACCAAUGCCUCUCUUCCCUUCAUACCUCGGAAGACAAAGCGUAAAACUUGGAUGAUUUGAAUCCAAGAGCAACAAACAGGAACUGCUGACCAAUGGGAGUUCUUAACAGCACAUCACCAGCCAGCGGGCCUCUAGCCAAAGGAAACAUGGCAAGGCUAUGAAGAAAACAUGUAGAUGGAUAUGAGGCAAUCCUCUACCUAGCCAGGCCAAGUCUUACCUCACAGGGAGGCUGUGAGGAUUAGUAUCUAAUACCCACAAACGUGCCUGGGGCAGUGCUAGCCAAAGGGGAGGCACUCUGCACUGUUUUCUGCAUGUAAACAAACACCAUUUGUGAUAAUAAAACCUGAGCUCGAUGUAAAUGUCUAGGCCAUGGAAACCUGGGCCAAAUGUGUUUGCCAUUUUUGUCAUUUUUUUCCUUAAUUUCAAAAGACACAUGUUCUUAGGGAGUAUGAUAGGAGCAAAGACUUCAAGUUCAAACACUUGGAAGACUCUAGAAGCUAUUCCCAGAGAGGAAAAAAAAAAAAAAGGCACAGAAAGAGAGAGCACACUAAUAAAAACACAAAUAAUAAAACAGAAGUAAACACUGUCAGUAAUUUGGUGUGGAUGUUGGCGACUUCCAGCCCUUUUAACUUUUUUCAAUCAAGCCGAGCAUUAAUGCUCAAUUAAAAAAAAUACUCCAGUCAAUGUAUCAUUCACUACAAUAGAAAUGGGUGACGGAUAUUCUCAUAAUCUAAAUGUGAGCUAUCCCCCAGGCUAUACCGGAACACCGAGUUUCCAGCUGGUGGUGGUGUUUUGGUUGAGGGUGGGUGGGUCAUGGAACCUCUUACAUAUAGGACAGAUGUAUAGCUGUCAGAGCCGGAUUUCAGGAUGCUGGCCGGACACAGGCUCUUCUUUCAGACUGCUCUGACAGUAUGACCCCCGCUGCCACACACAGACUGCUUCGACAGUGUGACCCAGCCACCACAUGCUCCACGGCCAGGAGCCAGUCCCACCAGUGUGCCUUCUUGGUUACAAUGGACAGAUAGUCCCUGAAACUGAGUCACGAGAAAUCUUUUCUCCCUUAAGUUGCAUUGGCCAGAUACUUUAUCACGGCCAGGAGAAAAGUAAACAAUGUGAGAUACAUUUGCAGACUACAGGUGCCCAGUAAGGGUUCCAGAAAUGGCAGCUCCUUUGGGUGGAAUGUUCUCAGGGAAGGCAUCUGGGGCCCUUGCCAUCCCAACCGGGUCUCCCUAGAAGGAACAGGCCUUACUUGCUUGUCAAAUUGCACCUAGAGUUCUCAGUAUUUUCUUUUUUAAGACAGUGUUUCUUUAGAUAGUCCCGGCUAUCCUAGAAUUUGCUAUGUAGACCAAACUGGCCUCAAAUUCACCCUCUCUUCCUCCCAAGUGCUGAA